UUUGACAUUGGAUUUGAGUUUGCUUGCAUGCACUUCAAUAGGGAUACGGGGUAUACUGUUCAGUGUGCAGUUGUGACUGUAUAUAUAUACCACUAGCUAUCCCGUUUCUAUGUUUGCUAAUUUAGCCCAAAAUAUUUGUUCCCAUUUGAGGCUCCGUAGAUUGCCACCUCACACGGAAGUGGGAGGGUUUUGGUAAUAGGUCCAUGGUUUUGCUGUCAAAGGUCAUUUUUACAGGCGCGGACUGCUUUGAUGCGGAUGAAAACUUUUUUUGAGACACGUAAUGACUGCUCGAAAUAUAUCUCGGUUCUGGGAAUGGGGCAGGAAAAUCAUCUGCGUGGGAAGAAAUUAUGCUGACCAUGCAAAGGAAUUAAAGAAUGCUCUUCCUACAGAGCCUAUUUUGUUCUUGAAGCCACCUUCUGCAUACGUUACCGAGGGCUCCCCUAUUCUGGUCCCGUUCUACUCCAGCAACUUGCACCAUGAAGUUGAAUUGGGGGUUGUAAUUGGGAAGGGCGGCACGGCUAUCUCUCAGAGUAACGCUAUGGACCACGUUGCGGGCUACGCGUUGUGUUUGGACAUGACAGCCCGAGACAUCCAGGAAGAUUGCAAGUCAAAGGGUCUGCCAUGGACACUGGCUAAAGCUUUCAACACCUCCUGCCCCAUAAGCGAAUUCAUUCCCAAAGAACGGAUCCCUGACCCGGGAAACGUGACGCUGUGGUUGAAGGUGAAUGACCAGUUGCGACAGAACGGCUGCACGGCUGAGAUGAUUUUCUCAAUUCCUUUUCUCAUCAGUUACAUAAGCGAGAUCAUCACACUGGAGGAGGGCGACCUCAUCUUAACCGGGACGCCGAAAGGGGUCUCCGCCGUACAGCAGCACGACGAGCUCCAGGCGGGCAUAGAAGACGUCAUUACCAUGAACUUCAAAGUCAAUCGAAAAAAUAAAUAAAUCAAAAUCAUGUGUGAUUUAACAAAUGUAUGGAUGCAAGUGUCGAUUGGAAAUGAUUUAUUAUUGAAAAUGAUGGAUUAACAUGUGAUUUCAUUUGUUAAAUUAAUGAAAUGCUGUUUAUUCGCCAGCAGGUGGCGCCACUUUAGCGCAAGUGUUUGCAACAUGUUAAAAAUAUCUAGCGAAUGCUUAUGAUUGCUCAUUGGUUGUUCAUUUAACUAAAUAUAUUUUUAAGCCCAUAGUAAAUUAAAGAUGAUUUACAAAUAUACGUAACGUAUAUAUGUAUAUACAGAACGUAUACCUUUUCUUUCAUUAAAUGCUAUACUCAUUUUUUUCAAAAAUGGAAAAAUGAAAUGUGUAUAGAAAUGAAUUAAAUUGUUACGCGUUUCAAAUGCAUUUGUAUACAUUCUCCUUGCACCAAAAUAUAUCUACCUUCCUCUCUGCAAUUCAUGGUGAUAUGUUAGUUAUCAAGCCAUGCCAAUCUUCUCACUUGCUUAAUUAGAUUAGUUGUCUUCCUUCCUUCGAGACAUUCGGUGUCCUUUGAUCAUGCUCAAUUUAAUCAAGUACUUUAUUGUCAAGAAGUGUCCUAAAAUAAAUACUUUUUCAUCAGUA